UCUUCAAUACUCUCAACUGCAAGAAAAAACAAUUGAUGCCUUCAGUUGACUAAACCUAUUUCUGCCAACCUCCCAGUUUCGAGCAGCCAUCGUGAAGUUACCAAAAUCACUAUUUAUAUGAUUCACUUAAUCCAUACAAGUAGAGGUGUCAAAAUUGAACUCAAGUGUAGGUGACCCAACUAUAAUUUUAAGGGUUGGGCUUAAGAUGAUUCAAAGUUGUGGAUAAUUUGAAGGAGGAGUCGGAUGAGGGGUCAAAUUUCAGCUUCUAGCGUGGAAAAUUCUGCUAGUAACGAAGUUAAUGACGGUCCAAUUUUAGUUUGGGAAUUGUAUAGAGGUUGAGCAGAACAAUGAGACAAUGCAUGUUCAGAAAAAGUAUUGUGAAGGUAAAAAAAGAGUAAAAGAGGUGAACGAUGUGCGAAAAUUGAAAAGAAGAUGCGUUUAUAUUGCAUCUACCGCUAAGAAUAUAGUUAAUAGCGAUGACGAUUUUGAGGAUUUACCUCCUCAAUUUCAGUCGAACAAAUUGAAAAAUAAAGUUGUGCCGGAGAAGAAGAAGUCAGGGAAGGAUGCAAAGCCACGGAAGUGAUUGGCGAACAAUGUCAUUCUACCGGAGAGUGGAGAUCCGGUAUGUGAUAGUAUUUUCAAUCUAUUUCUAUGUGUUUUCUUAGUUAGUUGUUGCUUAGGACUUGUAUACUGAUUACUAACCUGCUUUGAUAUGUAGUUUUUGUAAUUCAUCAUUAAUUCAACUUUAAUAUGUAGUAAUACAUUUUUAAUUCAAGUUUAAUACAUUUUACAGUUAAUUGAUUUAUGAUUAGUGAAAGUUAGUUCGACUAAUUAAAAUUGAAGUUAAAUUUCUAUUUAUAUGCAGGAUCGUAAAUUCUAGAAACAUUCAGAUGUUGUGUAUAUUGCGAGUAGGUAGUCAUCUUACAUUAAUUAUAGUGUCAUCGACCAAAUUAAAAUCUCUUUAUCCGAAAAACAGCUUGAGCUGUUUAGGAAUACAUGUUUUUGUGACUUUCUUUACCUUCCAAAAGUGAACAUACAACUCCAACUUAUUCAUUGCCUUAUGAAUAAGGAGUUAAAACACACUCCAGAUAAUGUGUUUGCUAUUGAAAUACAUGACAAAAAAUUGGUUUUUAGUCUAAGAGAAUUUGGAUUAGUUAUUAGCUUAAAUUGUGUUAGUGAUGACACUCCUGUCAAUGUUCCAGAUUCUAAGUUAGUUUGUUGAGAAAUUAUUUUCCAGAACAAAUCACUGUUCAAAAGAGUCAUCUACGUGAGUUGUUUCUAGCUAAAAAAAUCAUAGAUGAUGACUCCGUUGUUUCAUUGGUUGUUCUCUUCUUUGUUAAUGAAUUUUUAUUUUCCUAUGAGAACAAUGAACACCAAAUUAGUAAUAGAUAUUUUUACAUUGUGGAAAGUGGACAAUUCAAUUCAUAUCCGUGGGGAUUAAAUGUCUACAAGGAGUUGCUUGAUUCUGUGUGGCACGCGCUUAAAUCAACCCAUAAAUACUAUAGAUUGGGUGGCUUGUCUCUUGCUCUUCAAAUUUGGAUAUUUGAUUGUUGUUCAAAAGUCGAUGAAGAUAUAGCUAUUCGGGUUUUUGAUUCUAUUCCAAGAAUCUUGAAUUGGAAGACAACUGUUGAUAGUCCAUGACAAAAAUAUAUUGAGAAAUAUCUCUUCAUGCCUACAAAAAAAUAAGGUAUUUGUACAAAGUUAAUACAUUUUAUGACAUUUUUUAGUUCAACUCAAGUUAAUAUAUCUAUUUUUAUUUUCUUUAUUUGAUUUUUCAGUUUGAGAACAUAGUGGCCGGUGAAGAUGAAGUUUAUAAAUUCAGGCUUCUUGAACCUCGUGAUUACAAUGCUGAAAUUUUAAAAUUGGAGCCCAAAGAAUCAAGUCAUGGUCUAGACAUGUUGACUAAGGAAGUUAUAGAAUUGAGAAAAGAACUUAUAAAGGUAUAUAAAAACUUGACUUUAGGCUUGAUUAUUUUCAAAAUUGUUAUUUUAAUAUUUGUGUUAUGUUUGAUUAUCUAUUAGGCGAAUGAAAACCACAAAGCACUUGAAAAGAAGAAAGAUUUAGGAUUUAAUCAAAUCAAAGAAUUUGUGGUGAAUUCUAACAAACAACUAUUUGAGGAUAUUUCUUUGUUGUUUGCUAAGAGUGAUGGUAGCAGCUCUGUUAUCCGAAAAGCUGGAAACCAUAUAACAGGAAGGCAUUUCAGAUAACAGAGUUGCUACCAUCACUCUUAACAAACAACAAAGAAAUAUCCUCAAAUAGUUGUUUGUUAGAAUUCACCACAAAUUCUUUGAUUUGAUUCAAUCCUAAAUCUAUCUUCUAUUCAAGUGCUUAGUGGUUUUCAUUUGCCUAGUAGUUAAUCAAACAAUACACAAAUAUUAAAAUAACAAUUUUGAAAAAAAACAAGCCUAAAGUCAAGUUUUUAUAUACCUUUAUAAGUUCUUUUUUCAAUUCUAUAACUUCAUUAGUCAACAUGUCUAGACCAUGACUUGAUCCUUUGGGCUCCAAUUUUAAAAUUUCAACAUUGUAAUCACGAGGUUCAAGAAGUCUGAAUUUAUAAACUUCAUCUUCACCAGCCACUAAGUUUUCAAACUGAAAAAUCAAAUAAAGAAAAUAAAAAUAGAUAUAUUAACUUGAGUUGAACUAAACAAUGUCAUAAAAUGUAUUAACUUUGUACAAAUACCUUAUUUUUUUUGUAGGCAUGAAGAGAUAUUUCUCAAUAUAUUUUUGCCAUGGACUAUCAACAUUUGUCUUCCAAUUCAAGAUUCUUGGAAUUGAAUCAGAAACCCGAAUAGCUAUAUCUUCAUCGACUUUUGAACAACAAUCAAAUAUCCAAAUUUGAAGAGCAAGAGACAAGCCACCCAAUUUAUAGUAUUUAUGGGUUGAUUUAAGCGCGUGCCUCACAGAAUCAAGCAACUCCUUGUAGACAUCUAAUCCCCACAGAUAUGAAUUGUCCACUUUCCACAAUGUAAAAAUAUUUAUUACUAAUUUGGUGUUCAUGGUUCUCAUAUGAAAAUAAAAAUUCAUUAAUAAAGAAGAGAACAACCAAUGAAACAACGGAGUCAUCAUCUAUGAAUUUUUAAGCUAGAAACAACUCACGUAGAUGACUCUUUUGAACAGUGAUUUGUUCUGGAAAAUAAUUUCUCAACAAACUAACUUAGAAUCUGGAACAUUGACAGGAGUUCCAUCACUAAUACAAUUUAAGCCAGUAACUAAUCCAAAUUCUCUAAGACUAAAAAACAACUUUUUGUAUUCAAUAGCAAACACAUUAUCUGGAGUGUGUUUUAACUCCUUAUUCAUAAGGCAAUGAAUAAGUUGGAGUUGUAUGUUCACUUUUGGAAGGUAAAGAAAGUCACAAAACAUGUAUUCCUAAACAGCUCAAGCUGUUUUUCGGAUAAAGAGAUUUUAAUUUGGUCGAUGACACUAUGAUUAAUGUAGAAUGACUACCUACUCGCAAUAUCCACAACAUCCGGAUGUUUUCAGAAUUUACGAUUCUGCAUAGAAAUUGAACUUCAACUUUAAUUAGUCAAACUAACUUUCAGUAAUCUUAAUAAAUCAAUUAACUGCAAAAUGUAUUAAACUUGAAUUAAAAAUGUAUUACUACUACAUACUAAAGAUGAAUUACAAAUACUACAUAUCAAACUAAGUCAGUAAUAAGUAUACAAGUCCUAAACAACAACUAACUAAGAAAACACAUAGAUAUAGAUUGUUCUUGAUACUUCUCCGGGUAAAACCAGACUGCGCCUUGAAUAUCAGGUCUAGGCUAGAGCAUCCCAGUUCUGACUUUUGAAUCAAAUGUCAAGCAGAAUUUCAAAUCCCGGAAUAAAUCUUGAGGAGUUGAGUCUGCAAAAGGUCUAGGCUUUGCUUGCACUACAUAUCUGAUCUUGCAAUGUAUUUGGUUCAGCAGGAGUUAUUGGAAAUCCUAUGGGGUUUGCAAGGAGCAUGGGUCUUGGCCUCAAAGAUUUCUUGUCAGCUCCUGUGCAAAGUGUUUUCCUGGUACCUUAUGCAUUAUCUGCUCUUUUAUCCUUCCAACUAGAUGUAAACCCAGCUCUUUCUGCAGACUCGUGCAGGUUUAUUAAAGGCAUGGCACAAGGGACCUCUAGUCUUUUGAGUAACACCGUCUAUGCCUUAAGUGAUGCUGCCACCCAAUUCAGAAAAGCUACCCACAAGGGUAUCGUGGCAUUUACUUUUGAUGAUCAGGCUGUCGGAAAUAUGGAAAGACAGCAGAAGGGAAUAUCAUCCCAUAGCAAAGGGGUGAUAAAUGAAUUUUUUGAGGGUCUGACUGGCCUAUUGCAAUCACCUAUUAAAGGGGCAGAGAGACAUGGCCUUCCAGGAGUUCUCUCAGGUAUAGCUCUUGGAGUGACUGGACUGGUGGCAAAACCAGCAGCCAGUAUCCUUGAUAUCACCGGCAAAACUGCACAAAGCAUCAGAAAUCGGAGCAAACUGCAUAAUCUGGGAUCUCAUCGCUUUAGGGUCCGAUUGCCAAGGCAUUUAAACAGAGAACUUCCUUUACGGCCAUAUUCUUGGGAAGAAGCAAUUGGAGUAUCUGUACUUAGAGAGGCUGAAGACCAUAUUAAGCUCAAAGACGAAACAUUAGUAGUGUGUAAAGCUCUUAGACAUGAUGGGAAGUUUGUUAUCCUCACUGAGAGACUUAUAUUAAUCGUGUCUUGCUCCAGUAUAGUAAAAUACAGAAUGCCUGAGUUUCAAGGAGUGCCUGCUAACCCUGAAUGGUUGGUAGAAACAGAAAUCGGGAUGGAUAGUGUAAUUCAUGCUGAUAACGACGACGAUGAGGUAGAUAUUGUGGGAAGUAGCUCAGACGCAUUGUUAAGGCAGAACCAUAUCUCACAUAAAAGAAGCUGGGGACCUAAGGGAAAGAGAUGGAACAACAACCCUCGCACAUCGCUUCCGCAACUCCAGACUAAUUUGGUUUUCACAUCAAAAGAUGAAGCAGAAGACUUCCUGCAGGUACUUCUAUCUACAAUUGACAAAGCAAAAGAACAAGGUCGGAGCUCUGUGCAUCUUCUUCAUCAAAGUAGUCUCAGACAACUAUAGAAAGAUGUAAAGGAUCCAAGUAAUUUUCCAUCUGUACAUUGUACAUUAUGUACAUAAUCUACUUUACCCCUCUUCUGUUAAUUUAUGUCCAUAACUGUUCAAUUAGUGUAGGACUUCCAAUUCUUUAAAGGCACAGCCCUUCUCUCAGACUCUUCACAAAUCAACAAAAGCUUGAAGCAAAAUUAAAUGAAAUUGUGAUUUUUUGUUUUUUGGUCA